ACAAAAUCGUCGUUGUGGCAAUUACCGAAUUGUACAUCAUUCUCUCGACUAGGGACUUCAUAAAACUGCAAACCGUCAGAUAAGCGUUGUGUGUUCCGUUUCCGGAAGAAGCGAAGAUUUCUACGUCGUCAAAUCCCCGUGUGACCUAGUUGGUGCUUCGAGGAGCGGAAGCUUGUGAACAUCCUGAGUUGUUUUUGGCGUAUUCUUACUCAUCUCGAAAUAGAAAAUGACCCGAGGAAACCAGCGUGAACUCGCCCGCGCGAAGAACCAGAAAAAGAACUCGGACAAACCGAAGCAACGGGAGGAUGGGCUGACCCACGAACAGCGAAAACAGCGUGAUGCCGAUAUUAUGCGACAAAAACAGAUGAAAAAAGAACAAGCGGCCGGUGGACAAGCGAUCCAGAGUUAAUGAACGUAGCAGGUAACGCCUACCACAACCACCACCACCAUCACCCCUCGUUUCAAUCCCAACUGGAAUCUUGGCUCGCAUGCCAGCAACAAUUCCCGUCAGCUCCCAACGUAAUCGAUCGCCCACCUUACUGUAAUGCAAGAAAAGGAAAGAUAAUGCAUCCUCUUACGUACAGAUGACAGCACAAUUGGGUCACGUUUGAGAUUCAUCUGUUCGAUUAUUAACAAAUAUGGUAAAAUUUACCUGAACGCCCUCUGUUCGUUUCCGGUGCGCUAAAUCAUUGAAAUUCUUAUUUUGAACGGUAUGCAAUGCUAGCGAUGACAAAACGCCAUGUUCUAUUGUUGUUCAGUUGAUCCGUUACCGUGCGUAGGAAUAAACGGAUUCUCCGCCAAGCAAAUAGCAAUAACACAAACUAACAAUUACACAUACAAUAUGUAAUAGCUAGCAGUUAGGUAUGAAAAACGGCGUGCUUUGGCUUUAUCAUGGUCAAGAUAAUUUAGAUACAGGUGAGCAUAAACCACGAAACAUGGACAUGUGGUCAAUGUGAAUCUUUAUCGAACACAGUUAGCAGCAAAUAGUCAUGCAGUUGACGUUGAAAGGAAAGAAGUAUUGUUAAAUUUACGAAGCGAGACAAAUAGAGUUGAUCAAGCAGCAAGUUGGGGCAGAACGCGAUUUGAAGACACAGAUGUUGGUGAACGUUAUUACGAUUGAUGCUAGUUCCGUUUUAGGGGAUGUUCUAUGAUUUGCUGUUUCAUAUAAAUAUGAAAACACAGUUCGUCUCUCGUAACCCUGAUGCCAUUUCUCCAUAAACCGAAAAACGGAACAUCUCAAUCAGUUGUAAAAUCGGAACCCGGAACUGAAGACACAAUGAUUAAGUUGCAAUGCAUUUGGGGCAUUCGAAGAGAGAGGGAAAAGGUGCUGGAUGUUGUACCGGCAACGGAAGGGGUGGUAGAUGGCAGGUGGUUCUGCGUUGAAAAAACGGGAGCGUACAAGUAAAAGUUAUAGUUAAGUUAAAUUUUAAAAUCGCUCUAGCUACACCUUUCUUUCUUUUAAUAAUGAUUAUACUUAAUUAAACACAGAAAUCUGCCUCAAGCUUGUGCUAGUAGGACGGGGGGAAGAAUGCCGGAAUGCGACAAAAAUGUCGAGAAAACUUUACCGCGUGUGCGUUUUGGAGCUCUCAGGUUCCAGCAUCCGCCACCCAGGACGCAGCAAAUGUAUAGAAGAACUUGAUUGAUGCGAAAAGUGUACUGUAAAAGUGGAUAGUGCGAGUUAUAAAAAAAAGUAUGCAAAUACACAACCAUGAUGUAACAUUUGAAAAACCGAAA